CUGAUUUCUACUGAUUUUCACCUGGUUGCAAAAUGUGUUCUGGCGGCUGUGCAAAGUGCCUUGGUAUUACUAUCAUUUGUCUGGCUUGCCUAUGUGCUCUGGCCAACAUUCUGCUCUUCUUCCCUGGAGGAAAAAUUGCUUCUGCAAAUGGACAUAUUUCAGAUGAAGUCUGGUACUUUGGAGGGCUCUUGGGUUCUGGAGUUGUGUCAAUCUUUCCAGCUCUGGUGUUUUUGGGCCUGAAAAACAAUGACUGCUGUGGGUGCUGCGGAAACGAGAGCUGCGGGAAAAGAUUUGCCAUGUUUUCCUCUAUCAUAUUUGCUGCCAUUGGCUUUGUGGGAGCUGGAUACUGCUUUGUUGUCUCAGCAGUGGCUAUAAAUAAAGGACCAAAGUGUUUCGUAGGACUGGGUCUAGAUGGCAAAGAGUUCUGGGCAUAUAUUUUCAAUGAUGGAGACUAUUUAGGGAACACAAACCUAUGGAAGCUGUGUUCAAACCAAGAUAUCGUUCCAUGGAAUCUGACCUUGUUUAGCCUGCUACUAAUAAUGAGUGGGGUCCAAGCUGUUCUCUGUGCCAUUCAAGCCAUUAAUGGCCUCAUUGGGACAAUUUGCGGGGACUGCAAGUGUUGCGGAUGUUGUGGGGGUGAAGGACCUGUUUAGUUCCAGCCUGGCAUCUAUGAAACUCUACGGCAGCUCCUUCUACAAAUGAUCUUUAUACAGAAAAUUGGAAAUGCAAACCUGCACAAUCUGAGCAAUGGUUUAUUAUCAUUAGCUGGGACCCAUCCUCCUCAAUACAACAGCAGCAGCCACUUUACUUAGAUGGAUACAGUCAUCAUGCUUGGGAAGACCCACUUCAUCUGCAACUUUAAGAAGCUAUAUUUUAUCCUUGUCGAGGCCAGGUCUUUUGCACUAUUGCAAUUAGGAUAAUGAAAGCAAAUGUCUCAUUGGCUGCUGUGGGUUACCUAAAAGGGGCAAACAUGUUACUGCAGUUACCCUUUUUGAUUUAUGCUGCAGUCAAACCAAAGACAACAAUUUAUUUUAUAUGUAUGGGAAUUGUUUAUAUCUUGCAAAUAAAGUAUCUUAUACAAGGGAA